AUGAUUCCAAUAGAUGGUAAACAGCAAGCAAACCAAAGCAAUGCCUAUGUACAUCGUUUGAUAGAAGAAACGCAAGAUGUAGAGCAAGAAGAACAGAUUGACGGUGUUUCAUGCGCAUCAUCUCCAUCUACACUGCUUACUGCCAACACAUUUAUACCAACACCAUCGCAAGAGCUCAUAAAGUCAAGCAUUGCCAACACCAAGUCAGUCAAACAUGUGAAUGUAUCCAUUCCAGAAUCAAAAAGCACGAAUAUCAUGACCACUGUCUUUUCUUGUGAAGCAACAUGCCUCCAUCACUUGACAUACAGACUUCAGAAUCGACAUAAAGACUACAGACAAUUUGAAUUAGACAAGCUGGAUAUUGUACUGAGCCCAUCUGGCGUACUCAAUAUCCAAUUUACUCUUCUACUGAACGGUCUGGAAGACAGCUUGGACUAUCCAUCAUGGUUUCAAGUCAUUUUCGACAAUGUAAUGCAGAAAUGUAGAUUCAAACCAGCUAACAAACAAAAUGAAGAGAAGGGCCUCUAUCGCUAUCAAGUGGAAAAGUCAUUUGUCACAACUCCAAUCUCGUACGUCUUGGACAAACAAGCGUCUUAUGGAACAUUGGACACACUGGAAUUCUUGCUCGAUUUCACCAGCCCAAAAGCCAAAGAAUUUCAUGCAAAUUGGAAACGAAAAUUGACAUUGGAAAUUAUGUCAGAUUAUAUGGAAGACGUACUGACCAUGCUCCUGAUCAAAAAGACGUGUCAUCUAUAUCCACUCAUCUUUAGCAGUGCCUACGCAAAGAGAUUGACGCAAAGCCUGUCGUAUUUACCACACAUUGCCAAGUCAUUACAGCAAAUCUAUGUAACAUCACGCUCCACCAUGUCUGUCACGAAUCAUGCCUUUAGUGAAAGUAUCGAGCAGAAAAUGGACAUGAUCCAAAAGAACGUGGACAUUAUGUGUCCCUUCAAAAUAAACGAAAAGCCUGCCUCUACUGCAACGGAAGACAAGAUCAAGGCCAUUACUCAGAAUGAUAGCAUUUCUGAGCAGUUAACAUUGGGCAUGUAUUAUUCGCUUCGAAAUGACAGUAAAGCCAAACCCAAUGCACAUACAACAGCUAUCGAUCCACCAAAUGCGCUCUGCUCUAUCGCAAGACUAUGGUCUGUUACAUGCUCUACAGGCAAUAAUGACGACGACUUGAUGUGA